ACACAUCAUUUCUGAAUUUUCAGUCCAAAUUGGUUGGCCUCUCAAGGCUCAACUAACAUGGGGCCUCACCCAUUUAAUCUUUCCUGCCGCCGAUAAUCUUCUACUCUAGCAAAAUGCCCAAAAGAGAAUCUGAGCAGCACGGAGGCUUGAGCAGUGUUCGAAAUCCAUAACUGGUGUCUGUCUUUUGCAGUUCAUGGUUUCCUAAUUUUCGUAGUAAACCAUGGCGAUUCCGAACGUCUCUGCACUUUCACCGAAUUCUCGUCUUUCUUCUAGUCCCCUGCAGCUUUCGACACAUUACUUGUCCAGAUUAUGCAGCAACGCAAGUCCUCUAUAUUUUCCCCUUUUCGCGACAAUUUCUAAUCCCCCAUCCGCCCCCUGCGAAUUCAAUAUGCCAUGUUCGUUCAUGAAUAAUUCUGGGCCCUUUAGGCACCAAACUCGGCCUUUCUCUAAACAAUGCAAUGCAGUGUCAGCAAUCUCUUCUGGAGGUCGAGGAGUGUUCUGGUGCAAGCCGGAUCAUCAUCUUCCCAGCCUGCGAUCAAAUGCUGGUGCCGAAGUAAUACUCCAUGGCCGAACUCGCUCACAUUCAUGGAGACCCUCCCAAGUUAAAAGUGGGGAUUCAGAGGGAACUUUAAGCAGCGAAGGCAUUGUUCUGGAUGAGCAAACCUUAGAGCGGGACUUGCAAAUAGCCAUCAAGGAGGAGGACUAUGCCCAAGCAGCAAAAAUAAGAGAUAGCCUUCGGCUUCUCCAUGAGGAUAGCAGGGCCUCAGUUCUAGCAGCAAAUGCGCGGUUCUACAAUUCAUUCAGAACUGGAGAUCUGGCUACAAUGCAAUCCCUCUGGGCAAAGGGGGAGCAUGUCUGCUGCGUACACCCUGGUGUGUCUGGAAUAUCUGGUUAUGAUCUUGUCAUGGGGAGCUGGGAAUUUGUGUGGGCAGAUUAUGAAUUCCCACUUGAGAUCGAGCUGAAAAAUGUUCAAGUUCAUGUUAGAGGUGAUGUUGGGUAUGUAACAUGCACAGAAGUAGUUAAGACGAAAGGUAGCAAUUGGGGUAAACAGUUUGCCACGAAUGUGUUUGAGAGGAUUGAUGGUCGUUGGUUUAUUUGUAUCCACCAUGCAUCACAUAUUGAUUUGUGAGACAGAUAAAAUGUAAGCUAUGCCACGUGAUAAGUGCCUUGAGUGCCAAAUCUGUACAGUAGGUAUGUGGGAAGGGAGUCUGUCUUGGAUUUCUGAGAUUAUACCUGGGGAUGGUUACCUUUUUGAAGUAUGGGUCAGCGUUGCUAGAGGAUGUGCUCUAUUUCUAGGAGAGGAAAUACUACUAUAAAAAAACUUUAAUCGUGGUGCAUUUUGUAUUUCUGUAAGUUUCUUAUAAUAACCUUUCCAAAUAUUUGUAGUGAUAUAUUAAUCUGAUAUUUCUUAUUAUCAACAAUAUGAAUAUGUAAUGUUUGUGCUUA